AUGGUGGCUCCGGGCGCAAAAACGUCGUCAAGUUCUCGGACCGAUGGCACAAAUAACGAGUCCUUACAAGCACGUUAUGAAGCACUUGCGCUUGUGGAAGAACGUUUUUGUAACUUUGAUAUCGUGUGGGCGAAAGUCCGUGGUUUUCCAUGGUGGCCGGGCGUUUUAUUUCACUCCUGGGACGAUGUUUUUCAUGCUGGAAUCCAUACUGACCCUAAAAUUGUAGCGGAAUUAGUGGUUCCACGACCGGAAAAAGUGACAAGAGGUGAUACACUAACGGGGGAAGAAGAAUCGAGCACUUGUUACCUGAAACGACAUUGUUUGAUUAUGUUUCUCGACAAAUUUAAUUUCUCCGUUUUAGAGAUAAAUGCAAGCAAUGUGGCAGGAUUUACGACUCAUUAUCAUUUAUAUGAACGUGCGUUAAUGACCAGUAAAAACAGUAAAUGGAGGAAAAUGAAGGCAGAAUUUAAACGAGCACUUGUUAAGGCGACAGAGUUGUUACAUAUGGGAAAAGAGUAUAAAGAGGAGGAACUUGUGUUAUUGGAAGAACCAAGUGUAAAAGAGAAGAAACAACGUGUGUGGGAUGUUAUGCAGUUUGAUAGGCACGAGGAAGGAGUACUGGAGAAUGCGUGGGACGACGUGGAAAAUGAAGAUAAUGCAGCUUUUAGUGUUGGGAAGGAGGAAGAAGUAGCAGUAGAGAAGAAACCGGCAAGAAAGUUAAUGGUCAAGAAAGAAAAAGGGACGGAAAACAAGGACAUCAACGAGGUAGUGAUGUUGACACCGGCGAAACCACGACGACAAGAAAACUCAAUGGAUUUCGAGUCGAGGCCACGGAAGCGGUCACGAAAGGGAGUUUACGACGUGCCACAUGUUGCUAUUGUGUCGCAAUCACUGGCUCCAAUUGAUUUGACAGAGACUCCAGAGAAGAUGCCGUAUCUGGCUUACAAUGAUAAAGUGACUGGCAACGAAGCUGAAAAAAAAGCACUGGAGUUUAGGAAUAAAGUGGCAAGUACUGAGGCUAAUGAGACGGAGUUAAAGAGCUUAAGGAAGGGCAGUGCUAGGGUUAUGGUGAUGGAGGACGGCGACAGCGUAUCGAAACAGCUGGCUGAGCAAAGUGAUAUACAGGUUUUUGAUGCAAUCGCGAAGAACGGCGAUGGUGUCUCGAAACAGCUGACUAAAUGGAAAAAUGGUGAACAGGUUCUUGAUGUAGUUGCAGGCAAUACAGAGGAGAAGGAGCCAAAUAAGCUGAUACUGACACCAUUAUCUAGCAUUUGGACGACAGGGGUGUCGGGUGAUUCAAGUGCUUUAAGUGGAGAACACAUGCAGCUAGCACACAAACAAGAUUUUGUGUGGGAUGACGCUGUAUUCACCAACGAACUCAGUAUUGCUGAGAAGAAGAAGGCUGCGAUUGAGCGAAAGCAGGCUGAAGAUACUAUGACUGGACGUGAACGCUUGUCGGGUAAGCGCCAGAUGCGGUCCUUUCAGCAGUCGCAAAUUCGUCAAAACAUGAUGACAGGAAAUUUGGAUCCACACACAAUGGUGCAAUGUGCUGUCUAUCGCCCGAAAGAUUACGUGGAUGACCCUAAUAGUCGCAGCCGUGGUGGGCCUAUGCUUGACCCCCCAUUCCAUAUUGUAGUACACCCGGACGCAGUGUUUGUGGCAGAUCUCCAUGCACACCUUGCCACUUGCGAAAUCAUUGGCUUCUUAGGCGGCAAAUGGGAUGAAGCAUCCAAGACGCUGUACAUUCAGGCUGCGUUUCCUUGUCGCUCGCUUGUCAUUGAUGGCGACGAUGGCUCUACUGACGUGGAGAUGGAUCCGGGUAGUGAGAUUGAACUUCGUGGCAUCAUUGAAAAUGCACAACUAGAGGUUGUAGGCUGGUAUCACUCACAUCCUGCGUUUGCGCCUGAUCCGUCGAUUCGAGACAUUGAGAAUCAAACUAGCUACCAACAGCUGUUUCAGCGCCCCACCACCGCUGACAACAAGCCGUCGGAACCAUUUGUAGGUUUAAUUGUUGGUACGUACGAUACUCGACGAAAUACGCCAGUGAGUCUCUUGCGAUACUUUCACACACGUGGGGAGAAAGUGAGUGGCGGUGCAUGCCGCGAAAUCUAUAUGCCAUACGAACUUAUUCCAGAGCGACACCAUUUUCGAAACGUAUUACAGGAUGAGGAACGUGAAAAGAACCGAUUGUUCCCUAUGUAUCAAUCAAUUUUGCAGCACUUCAACUUUAAGCUGGCAGCUAUCCGUUACCAACUACCAGUGGACAUUAAGGCCAUGCCAUCGCGGAGAGCGAUUUCGAGAGUUUUGCCAACAAAAUUGAAAGGUGGUGGUUCUACUAGGAAGCGCAAACUGAGCUCAAAUGGCACUAGAGGAAAGCCAAUGAAAAGGGCAAGGGCAAGACGUAGGCGCUUUGUGCGCUCUUCUUCUGCUGCAGAGAGUCAAAUUGGCCUAACCGGUGCUAGUGGCAGCCAAAAUUAUCAAGCUAUACAGAGCGGAACGUUGACACCAAAAGAUACGCUCGAAAGUGGUCAUAAUGGGAGCACAGAUGUGGUCAUUAAGGAAGAAACAAUCACCCCAGAUGGUGUAUGCGAAGAAAAAAGAAUGGUAGCGAUUACAGUAUCCUCAGGUGGAGUUGAAGUAAAACACGCAGGGAGCAGCACAACGCCCGUAGAGGAACCGAAGUUGGAGGCUCGUAGCAUUGACUUACAAGUCGCAGAGGUCCUCGCGGACGUCGUAAGGACUACUGAAGCUGCCAACAGCAGUGAAAAAAAUGAGCGCGAUUUGGUAGGGAAACCCCAAGCCGUCAAGCGAAUCAAUGAGACCUUGGCCAGUGGGGCUGAGUACAACCGAUUGCCAGCUGAGAAUGGCGUAGCUUCGUCGCCUUAUGCCUCAACAGUUUUCCAGAACGUGAUGCAGCACACCCUUAGCCAUUCGAAUGAAGCGGUAAAGGGACUGCCAACUCAGCUUGACACAGACGCAAUUGCUGAAUCAACUGACGUGCGCAUCCCUCUACCGUUGUCAGCCUCUUUCUCAUCUGCAGUAACAUCUGAUGUGUUGCCAUCAGCAAGUAUCAGUGUUUCCAGUCGUAAAAGGACCCGCAAACCCAACAAAACGACGAAAAAACAUAACCGUUCGACUUCCCCCAGCAGCGACCGAUUAUCGCUAGGUAUGGCUCCUUGUCACACCAAUUCAUCAGGACAAGCAUUUUACGAUGCGUUUCGACCGUCAGGGCCUCGUUUUGCAAAUGGAGGUGUACAUGAGGAAGUCACACCACUGUUCAGCCGUCCUGAUGAACCAAAAGGCAAUAAUCUAUUGGUAGAAGAUGUGCAGUAUAUAGUUGUCGAUGAAACCAUAGGCAUGACUUUUCCUAGCCAUUGCGGCCGUCCCUCGGCUAAAGAGACGGAUGAGAAGUCUUUUCAAGUCGCGAAAACUCCAGAUGAUGACCGCAUUAAGCAGGAAAUUCGAUGUUUCGUGACCUCUUUGGUGGAAAAGGUAGCAGAGCGAGUGGUUGCCGAGAUCCGUACUGGUACCAAACUAAGCGCGCAGGGUACGACUGAUAAAGCGUUGAUUUCAGUUUCCGAUGUGGCGAGUGGGUCUAUUGGUAGUUCCACAGUCAAGGCGUCUGUAAAUGAUGUGAAAAUGGAAUGUACAAGUAUGAAGCCCGAGUUGAUUGUGAAUGCCGAUGUGAAAAACACAACUAUUCAUGGUGACCUACAGCUUUUUGGAAGCAAUGGCGAGUGCGAAGACAUCCAGACAUCUUUGCAGAAAAUGGCAGGUCAUUUGGACAAAUUGCAGUUUUCCCAGACUACCAUGCCAAGUGUAGCAAAGACCAAACUUCAGAAAGACUCAACACAUGAACCAGAGCCUGAACUUGUGGUGGUGAGGGCUAAGCCCAAGCGAAACGAUUCCAAAUUUGAGCAAGAUCAUCUUAAUGCGUUGCGUACUAAGUAUGGUGCAGGCGUAAGCGGAUGCGCUGAACAAGUGAUCACUUUAGUGGAUUACUAUCGCAACUUCGAGCGACGCACCGACCUCAACGAGAUUUGGAAAGCACGGACAACCAAGUUGGAGAAAAUCGAGAGAUCGCUGUCUGAACACGUUCAGUACCUGAACAUUCCUGUGGCUCUUCGACGCGACUUUAUUAAGGUGGCGCGCACUUAG